CCUGGGGUGUCCCGGCGCGCGGGCUAGUGCGGGCGGUCGAACGGCUGGAGCCCGGGGUCUACGUGGGCGCGUGGGGGCGCGGGGAGGGCGGGCGCGGCGCGCGCUCAGUCCCUCCCGCUCUGGCCGGGGCGGCGGGCUGGGCCCGGGAUGGCGCCUCCUCAGGCUUCGCUCCAGCUGUUUCUGCUGGCAGCCCUGGCGGGGCUCCUGAGUCCCACUCAGGUGAUGGCUGAGUCGGGGGAGGAGGCGGGAGCCCGUUGUCCGGAGGGCCUGUGGCCUCUUCCCCAACAGGUGUCACCAAGAGUGACCUACACACGGAUGAGCCCACAGCAGGGUGAGGAUGUCGGCUUCCUCUACCACCCCUGUGCCCACCCCUGGCUGAAGCUCCAGCUUUCCCUCCUGGCCCACGUUUAUAUGGCCCAGCCCUCACUCGCUCCUGACUCUAGCCUCACUCGGGAUCGGCCCCUGGUAUUGGAAGCAUGGGGGGUGGUACUGGAGAUGGCAUGGGUGGAGCCAGCCUGGGUUGCCUACUGGCUGAAGAGAAGGCGGCGAAGGAAGCAGAGGAAGAAGGCCCGGGCUUUGGCCUUUACCCUGCAGAGCUGGCGGCCCCCAGGCACAGAGGUGGCAUCUAGAGGGCCCAAGCAACACUCUCCUAGUGGUGCCAGGAGGCGUGGGCUGCGGGCUGCCCUUGGUCACCAGCCCACUCCCUCAGCCCUGAGGCUCCCCUCUCCUUCCCCAUGUAGUAGCUUGGAGACCAGGCAGCCCAUGUUGGGAACCUCAGGUGAGGGAGGUAAUGCCCCAUUUGGGCCCACGGCCCCCCUGCUGCCUGGGGGGCCUGGAGGCAGUGCCAGUUCCAGGUUAGAGGCUCAGGUGCCCAAAGGGCAAAGCAGCCCAGGUGGCUGUGCCUGUCCAAGCCAGGCUUCCCCGGCCCCUCGGGCAGCAGCGCCUCCACGGGCAGCCCAGGGUCCCACCCCACGCACGGAGGAGGCUGCCUGGGCAGCCAUGGCCCUGACCUUCCUGUUGGUGCUGCUCACCCUGGCCACACUCUGCACUCGGCUGCACAGAAACUUCCGACGUGGAGAGAGCAUCUACUGGGGACCCAUAAUGGAUAGCCAGGACACAGUGGCUGCCGUGCUGAAGAGGAGGCUGCUGAUGCUCCCACGUCGGGUCAAGCGCUCGCGCCGGAGACCCCUCCUACCACCCACUCCAGACAGUGGCACGGAUGGGGACAGCUCCGACUGACCUGCCCCAGCCCUGCCACUGUGGCAGGUUCUGCUCCUCCUAUCCUGGCGAGGCCAAGACCUUUGCCACUUGGACUGUGCACAGGACUGCCCCCUGGUGGCCUAAUGGGGCAGUCCUGCCUAAGCAUUUGUAAAGGGGUUGGCCCAUAAUGUGUUUGAGGGCAGGUAUAACCAAGGGGAGAAAAAGGAGCUAUUUAGCUUCCCUUGCCAAAACUGUAUUUUUAAUUAAAUUAUUUUAGUAGA